UUCAGUGUGGCUUUAGCUACGAGUCCUUUAUAUAAAGGACUGCACUUUGCUGCAGAUUUCUGUGUCUACAGACCAAAAGUCACCAUUGGUCUGUGACCACCGGCUUGAAGAUAAAUUAUAACUUUUUUUUGUUUGCCUCCUGUCAUUCCUUUUUCCUUAUUUUUGUACAAAUCCUGGUUUGUCACAGUGCCUGUCUCAUUUUUAAUCCAGGCGACUUCCUGAAGAGUGCAGCAUGACAGAGCUCCACGAAGCCGUGGCUGUGGGGGACUAUGACCUGGUGAAAAAGAUUCUGAGGGCAGGGCACUGUGACCCGAACCAGAAGGAUGUUGACUGGCAUGACAGGACCCCCCUGCACUGGGCUGCUGCCAAAGGGCGGUCAGACCUGGUCAGGCUCCUGGUGGAUCACGGCGCCCGGCACUGCCUGCGCAGCGACGUGGGCUGGACCGCGGCUCACUUCGCUGCCGAGGCGGGCAAGCUGCGGGUGCUCCGCGCCCUUCACUCCCUGCACGCUGCCAUGGACGCCGCCGACCUCUUCGGAGACACUCCCCGGAGGCUCGCGGAGAUCUAUGGACACCGGGAGUGCUCCAAGUUCUUGGAAAAAGCAGAGGUGGAGAGCAGGAACUACCGCAGGAAGGCUGCACUGAGAAAAAUCCCCUUAGACCAGAGAGAUGAAGACUGGGAACUCAAGAAAGAAGAGCUUCAGAGAAACCCACCAUGUUUUUGGGAGAAGUGUACGGUCUCUAUUCAAAAGAAAAAUGGGAAAAAAAAGGGGAAGCAGUAGUGUGCCCUGCCUGUUUGGUGCCUCUGAGCACUUGCAAUGCAGAGCAAAGGCGCUGGCAGACCUCAUAUGGAUGGGAGAUGCACAUGGCUACAAGGAUGCAUCCGUAGAGAUAUACUGUAAACAAUGUCCUUAACAGCUAGAAGUGCUUUUGUCUUCCUCUGUGUUUCUAUGUAUCAGAUGUCAUAUUAAUAAAAGAACAAUUGCAAAAUAUGUUUAAAUAUACCAAUACUCUAAA